AUUGUGUAUAUGAAAACCCUCUCCUUGUCUUGUUCCAAAAUCUGAAAACACUCUCCUUUUUCGAUCUUAUUCUACUUUUCAUAGCUUCUCCUUCCCGGCCCGAUUUCCAGGCGCCGUAUCAUCACCGGCAUCCGACUACCGUCGUCCAUGUCACUUCCCUCAAAUGACUCCUCUUUCUGCUCGAUUUUUGAAAUGAAAUCCAUGUUCCUAUGCGGCUGAGAGAAUAGCUGGUGCGUCUAAGUUCAAUCACGGAAUUCCAUUACGAGGAGAUGGAGAAAGAGAGCUUCCAUUAACAUCAAUUCAUAACCAUUACCGUCAUCGCUCCAGGAGAAUCGGUGGGCAAUUCUACGAUUCUAUAAGGGAGGUAAAGGGGCAUAAUACCUAAUGAUUCCAGAGCUUGCUGACUUCAGAUCUUAUGAUGGUACUGAGGAAUCAAAGACUCUUACAAAAGCUUCCUCCAUAGAAGUUCUUCUACUUUAUCCAUGGUUCAGGAGACUUGCUUUAGCCUUUGAGGAAAAUCCAUGCCAGGCUAUUAUACCCUUGCAGCUAUCAGAGGAUUUGCAGAAAGAAAAAGCUACUGACUUUCCGAAACACCAUGGCGGCGUGUGCUAGCGACGGUUGGCAUUUUGGGUACUGUCCUGCUUCAGACCCAUUGAGUUGGCACUUUUCAGCCCCUUGAAUUGUUCUUCCUACCUUUGUCUUCUUCUCCUUCUUUCCUCGGUAAAUCCUCUCCCCUGUCUCUCUGCCAUGCUUUUUUUCUACUCUGUUUUUUCAACUCACAUAUCUCUAUCUAUGGUCAUGGAACUGGGUGCUGACGGUCUCUACUGCCAAAUCUUAUUUUUCAAAUUUGUUUACGCUUUGGCUAAUGGCUUCAGGUUCCAUUUCUAUUAUGUUAGUUGCUUUGCCUGCAAUUCAAAAGGAAUCCCUAAAUCCCUCCUUGCUGCCUGCAGUUCCACCAAAAUCCCUCUCUGAUGCCCUCUGCCUCCUUACACUUUUCAAGCUUAUAUUCGUUGAUUUCAGACCAUUAAUAUAUUUGAUUAUUUUCAUUGACCUGCAUAUGUAGUGGCUUUGAGCAUGGAACUGGUGACACAGCUGUAGAGCUUGUGCCAAGAAGUAGCAGCGCAUCAGUGUCAGUGACUGCAGUAUCUUCAUAGCUAUUUGUUUCUAAUCUUCAGAUCCUGUACUAGUGCCA